AUGAAUGUAAAUGAUAAUGAUCUAAAAGCUAUGGAAAAAGGAUAUUGUUGUAAAAUCACUCGAUUCCCACAAACUGGGGAUUCUCUGUAUAUUCGACCAAACAAAAUCUAUCAAGUUGGAAAUACUCCAGAUGCUGCAAUUCAAGUUGGAGACUCUCCAAUUCUGAUAUGUACGUUAAUAUGUGAUAAAGAAGCGAAUGUUGUGAUUGAAACUAAUCCAAAAACAACAGAAACGGUCAAAGUAAAUGACAUUGUCAUGAGGAAAAAACAAUUAUUAAGCCAUUUAGACAUUAUCACAAUUGGUUCUGGUCAACUUCAAUUUCUUUCGUUUUUUAAUAACGGAAGAGUGAGGUUGAAUUGUAAGAACCUCCAUUGUCUUCUUCUUCACAACUACCCAAUGUUUGAAAAAGAGUUAAAAUCAAUUGAAGGGAAAACAAUAUCACUAAAAGAAUAUAGAAAAGGACUUCGUAAUAUAUUUAUUGAAUUAGACAAAAAGGAUGAAGACAAAAUUAAAAAAUGUCGUGAAAUGUUUAAAGAAGUUUUGAAUAUUGUAAUGGAUGACAAUCCUCCUGCCAAAUUACAAAUUGAAUGUCUUAAAGCUGGUAUUGAUAUAAGGAAUAAGCAUGUUACAAUUUCAGAUGAUGACAAUAAUGAUACUGAUCAAUUAAAAACUCCAGUAUUAAAAUUUUUAAGUCAAAAACAAAUAAAAAUAAAUCACAAUAAAGAAAAAUCAACACUUGUUGAUACUACUGCAUCAAUUCUCCUUAAUUUUGAUGAUAAUGAAAAUGAUGAUUUUGAAGAAUUUAGAAAACACCAACUCCAAAGUCUUGAUGACCAAGUAUUAAAAAAAAAACAAUUAGAUUAA